GCUCACCAAUAUAAGAACUGUAUAUUCUGUGAGAGUGAUAUGUUAACUGUUCUUGCGAAAGUCUUCUGAGAAACGUCAGGCACAGCUGCGGGUAAGCUUAAGCUUCAGCCAAUGGAUGGCUUGAGUCUAAGUGUGACGUCUCGAACCGGCUCGCAGGCUUCAACGUCAAUCAACAACACGACCUGGAGCUGCUGGCGCGCGCUACAACAGAUGCGCUGUGUUCCGCAUAAUUCUUGAGCUCUCGCGCUACAACCCGCAGCUCAUGUAUCCAGCAUGGCUGCGGAAUCCACCGAGCGCGACGAGGAGACGGCUCCAACUACUCCGACCCGCAAAGCUCGACGUACCGACCAGGCUGAACCCUCAACCCCAGAGAAUGGACGCCAUACAGAGGAGGAGUUGGAAGAGAGCGAAGAGGAGGAAGAGGACGAAGAGGAAGGAGAGCCUACUCUGAAGUAUACGCCUGUUACUGGAAGCUUAGGCUCAGUAUACAGAGGCGGUGAUGCAACUAGUGCAACCAUAGUUGGAGGAGACAAGAUGAUAAUGGGUACACACAAUGGCAAAGUCCAUGUUCGAUCACUGCCGACGUUCCAACCUCUGCGAAGCUAUGGCGCUCACCAGGCAUCGAUAACAUCAGUCUCUAUAUCACCAUUGGCGCCUCAUUUCCCUACCGUGCAGGGCUUGUUAGAAGCUGGGAAUGCGACGGAGAGCCCGCGAGUGCCCUCGAGAGCACCAACCUCUGCAUCCGGUUCUCAGGCAUCCCCACAAAAACCUAGACAAGCCCCGGUACCUUCAAUACCCUCAAAUCAGAUCUAUAUAGGUACUUCUUCAAUAGAUGGUACAGUAUGCGUUAUGUCUCUGGUCGACGAAAAGGACUACACACUUCGAAACUUUGCGCGCCCAGUGCAAGCCGUUGCACUGUCUCCGGAUUAUAAAAGCGAUAGGACAUACCUUUCCGGCGGACUUGCUGGGAAUCUGAUCCUCACGUCCGGCGGACCUACUGGAUAUAAGGCUGACGCAAAUACGAACAGUGCCGCAGCCGCAGCUUCGGGAUGGCUCGGCUCAAUUGGACUUGGUGGCAAUACAGGAAAAGACGUGAUUUUACACUCUGGAGAAGGAGCUAUUAGCACUAUUCAAUGGUCACUGUCUGGCAAGUUUGUGGUAUGGGCCAACGAAGAAGGUAUGAGGAUCAUGAGGACCAACCUCCACCUCGAGAGCGCAGACUCAGAUUACGCCUGGAAGCGCGUUGCCUUCAUUCCAAAACCCAACCGCAAAGCUUGGAGGGAUAUGGCUGGAGUCUGGAAAGCUCGCGCUCAAUGGAUCGACGAGAAACACCUUGAACUAGAUGAUGGUAGUAGUCCAGCUGCAAAUGGGACAUCCAAUACUGAGAGCAAGGACGAUGUUACGUCUCUACUUGGACUCACGCGAGCACCCAAGACCAAGACCAAGAAAAAGAAGCGUUCUGAGAGGUUGGUAGUCGGCUGGGGCGAUGCAGCGUGGAUCAUCUCCGUUACCGCUGGCAGUACAUCAGUCGGAAAGGACGGAGGGGACAGAAAAGUCGGAAGUGCGGAUAUAAUGCAGAUCUUGUCGUUUCAGGACUGCAUUGUGGCGGGCCUGACGCUAUAUACUCCUUCUCUACUCGCUGUUCUAGCAUACCGCACUCGAGACGACGACGACAAUCCACUUCCUGUUACAAUCAAGGGCACACCGAAGCGAGGUGUACAGCACCGGCAGAAUGGCCUGCAACCUGAACUGAGACUCCUGGACGUCAGCCAUGGGCAAGAGGUGGAAGAAGUGGAAGUAGACACUUUGAACGCCAGGAAUUUUGAAUCUCUGUCCGCUGCAGACUACCAUUUAAGUUCUUUGUACGUUCCUGUACCGAAACCGCUUACCGCUGCUCAAAGGAGUGCAUUGGAGAGCAUUGGUGGUGGUAUAUGGGACGUUGGAGUCAAAGGAGCUCGCCUCUUCAGUACUGGCGCCAGCAUAAUCAGUAUCCCAGGCAGUGGCGAUAAUGUGCGCUCGUCCACGUCCGUAGGCUCGGGACCCAAUUCCAACUACGCGUUGCCUCAAAAACGUAUAGAUUAUCCGGCUGCAGCAACACCUGGUCUGAAGAUUUUCUUCCAAAGUCCGUAUGACUGUGUGCUGGCGGUCAAACGCGACUUUGGAGAUCGCUUAGAUUGGGAUCUUGAGCACGAGAAUUACAAGGAAGCUUGGGAGCUCCUCGAAAAGCAUCCAGAAAUCAUCAGCAACACGCCUGACCGCUCAUUCGAGCCGAAUUCACCAACAAGCACGCCUUCGCAAACACAGGGUAGUCUACAGGAAUUCUUCGCAGACGACUCGGCAUCUCAGACCACCACAUCCCUCGCGAAGACACAGAACUCGGCAGCCGAGAAGGAGAAGCGACGGAUUGGAGACUUGUGGGUCCAACAGCUCGUUACCAGUCAGCGAUGGAGCGAAGCUGGAAAGGUAGCCGGUCGCGUUCUGGGGCAUUCAGGUAAAUGGGAGCAUUGGGUCCUGAAGUUCUGCCAGUCUGGUCACUACGACGACAUUACACCGUACGUGCCAGUGCACCCAAUCAGGCCGCCUAUUCCCAGCUAUGCCUAUGAGCUCAUACUCGGUCAUUACAUUGUUCACGACAAGUCAAGGCUGAAGGAACUUCUUGAUACGUGGGACGUAGACCUCUUCGAUCUUCCCAGCGUGAUAAGCUCGAUCAAGAACAGGCUUCAGGCGGGCGACGUUACAGAGGAGUCCAUUGAAGAUGGCGAGCAAGGGCGGGACUGGAGAAUACUCCAAGAGAUGCUUGCCAAAUUGUAUCUGGCGGAUAAUCGGCCCAGAGAUGCACUGCACUGUUAUAUUCGCGUGCAGGACGCAGACGCGGUUAUGGGACUACUGAAGGAGAAUCAUCACCUACUCGACGCCAUCAGGGAUGACAUACCCGGGUUCAUUCUACUGAGGGUGACCAAGGAGCAGAUGAAGUCUGCGCCACGCGACGAGCUUGAGGAGAUUUCGUCCGAGGCAAUUCGCCUGCUGGUCGACGAAGCAUAUCAGGGCACCGUGUCGCCGGAAGACGUAGUGUCUCAGCUCAAGAAAGGGGGGAUGAAACACCAGCUCUUCCUCUAUUUCUACCUCCAAGCCAUAUGGAAAGGGCAGGGGACGAUGAGAGACUUUGGAGAUGACAGGCAGAACAUGACGGAAGAAGGCAAGGGUCUGAUUGAGGACUUUAGUGAUCUUGCCGUGAAUCUUUUCGCCGAGUACAAUCGGCCACUGCUGAUGGAGUUUCUCAAAGCGUCACACAGCUAUGAUUUUACCAAGGCGUUGAGGAUAUGUGAGCAGCGGAAAUAUGUCCCUGAGAGAAUUCAUUUGCUGUCAAAAAUGGGCCAGACAAAAGAUGCUCUGCGCCUGAUCAUCUCCGAGCUUGGCGACGUGUCCCUGGCAAUCUCGUUUGUGAAAGAGCAGGACGACACGGAUCUAUGGGACGACCUGCUGACGUACUCGAUGGACAAACCGCGCUUCAUCAGAGCGCUGCUGGAAGAAGUUGGCACGGCCAUCGACCCGAUCAAACUCAUUCGUCGGAUCCCGGAAGGACUCGAGAUUGAAGGUCUGCGCGAAGGCAUCGGCCGCAUGAUUCGUGAAUACGGCGUACAGCACAGCAUCAGCGAAGGCGUGUCCAAGGUCCUGAGGGGCGAAGUGUCCAUUGCAAUGGAGACGCUGCGCAGCGGGCAGAAGCGCGGCGUCCGAUUUGAAGUAGCACACAAGAACCCGCCCGAAGUCGAAAUCACCGUCCAGCCCGCGCCUGUCGCAGAGCCUGUCGAAGAGGCAUAUCUCGCCAUGAACAUCGCUGGUGCGCCGAAGCAAGAACUCGAGGACGAGGAGGACUACAAGCCCGGCGCUUGCGUGGGCUGCAGAGAUAUAUUCCUGGAAAACGAGACGGACACGUUGAUUGGCUUUGCGUGCGGCCAUGUCUACCAUUUGACCUGUCUUCUGGACCAGCUCCCGGGGAGCUCUGCAACGGCGGAGGCUGCCCAGGCCAUGCAGCAGAGGCUAGCGGCAUCGGUCGAUGCAGACGACAUUUCGUUUUCUAGUCGCAGCGUCGGCGCAAAGGUUGCCCAUGCACAUAUUAUCAGGAGUGUUGUGAGGGAGGGCUGUCCGGUGUGCAAGGGGAAGGCGUCGACGUGAGGAGGGGGCAUAGGACAUGGGACAUAGGACAUACGACACAGCAGUCUUGUUCACUUUGUGUAGGGGGGAGGGGGCGGGAGUUGUUUCGUAUGAUAUCUGAUGCUUUUAUCAGUGUGCAUAUUCUUCUUUUCAUUUCUUUUCUUUUCGCGACAAAAAUGCAUGGACAUGGGCGUUUGUAUAGCGAGCGACUGACUGCCAGAACGUGGAUGUAGUAGGCGCAGAAGGGGGGGGUGGAGGGUAGGCUUGCGCGAGGCUGAGAGAGCACCUAUGUAACUUGUAGACUUGUACCACACAGAAUGUUGGAC